CUCUGCCUCUCUGUCGCAUUGUCGCCGUCCCAGACUCCCAGCCUCCUCCCCGUCGCCGUCAGCGGUCCCAGCCUUCCAUGCUCGCCGUCGCCAUCCCAACUUGCUUCGCGGUUAUUACAAAGCAAAGGUUGCAAUCUUGGUGUGGUGUUUAGCUGCUGUUUGAAGUAGCGGAUUAUGAUUUUGAAGUCUUAGAAUGAUUGAUGAAUGCAGUAGCAAUGGAAGCUAAAUUCUUUCGCUUUCUCAAGAUUGUUGGAGUUGGUUUCAAAGCACGAGCAGAAUUUGAGGGCCGUUUAUUGUACCUCAAACUGGGUUACAGUCAUGAGGUUGAGCUGACUGUUCCUCCUGCAGUUCGCGUAUUCUGCUUCAAACCCAAUGUGAUCUGCUGCACUGGGAUCGACAAGCAACGAACGCAUCAGUUUGCUGCAGCAAUUAGAAGCUGUAAGCCCCCUGAAGUGUACAAAGGGAAAGGAAUAAUGUACAUUGAUGAAGUGAUCAAGAAGAAGCAGGGGAAAAAAUCGAAAUGAGCUCCCAGGUUUCAUUUCUUUGCACCUUUCUCGUUCAAUUUCUCUGCUGAAACACUGUAUGUGCUGGAGGGAUCAAAAACCUUCAUUCCAUUGAUGAGAUUAUAGCACUCUGAUUCCCUUCUAGAUAUUGUCAUGCAAUAUGUUUGCUUUGGAAGGAAGUAUUACAGUUUCCGUGCUCUUGAAUUUGGUGUUCUCCCUCUACAUUCUAUGACAAUAUGAUAUAAACAUAAGCACAUUGAAACAACUUAGAAGUUGUAUUUAUUUCAAACUGUUUGAUUGCACAUUAUCUUGACAAGGAAAACCAACAUUUUGGUUGUGGCCUCGUGGA